AUGUGCACUCUACGCGGUACAUUACAAUUAGUAGCCAUUCUUAUGGCGAUCUAUAUCGCUACUUAUGGCGUCACCACCGCGCGUGAGAUUAUCCAAGAUCACUUCGAUGACGAUCUGCAGGUAGCCGCCAGUCACCAUCACGAGAGCGGUGGUGGUGAAGAACAUCACUCUGAUCAUCAUCACAAACAUGGUGAACAUGGUCACAAGGGUUACAAGCAUCACGAUCAUCACGGGAAAGGUGAAAAAGGGCAUCACCAUAAAGAGGGCCAUCACGGACAUCACGAUGAGCACGAAGGACAUAAGAAGCACCAUCAUCAUGACGAUGGUUACCAUGAAGAGCAUCAUAAGGGCGAGAAGGGAGAAAAGGGCCACAAGUUUCACGAGAAGGGCCACUUUGGCAAGGGCCACAGCACUCACGGUCAUCACGAAGUGAAAAAGCAUGACGAGUACAAAAAGGAUAAGGAAUUCUUCGACGAGUACCACGAUCAUGGACAUCACGAGGACCAUGGUGGCCAUCAUCAUGAGCAUGGUCACAAGAAGGGCGGCCACUUCAAGAAAGGUCAUCAUGAUCACCAUCAUCAUGAGGGUCAUCACGGUAAGAAGGGUCAUCACGAGAAGGGUCACCAUCAUCACGAUCAUAAGGGUCACAAGGGCCACGGUGAUCACGAGGAGCAUCAUCAUCAUCAUCACGAUCACGGCAAGAAGGGUGGUCACGAGCAUCAUAAGGAAUGGGGAUUCAAAAAGGGACAUUGA